GUAUGAUAAUACGGUCAUCAUGGACAGAGCUGAGUCAGUUCUUCAAAGAAAAGGCUACGGUUUGACGAGACAUCCCAAAGACGAAAACUCAUUUUAUUACAGUCUUAAUUUAGCAUCGGAAAGGGGCCCACUUUCUAGAAAAAGCGCAACACAAAUGCGAGACGAGGUAUUCGAAUUUGAGGUAAAUAAUGCCUGGUAUUUCCACCUAUUUCACCCACAGUAUGUUAGGUGUGACGGGACAAUGCACCCAAGAGAUUGCUUAUCUAGUGAUCUGGAAAAGAAGAAAAAAGAAAAGAAAUAUGUAUCUCCUAGGGAAAUUUAUGCUGGAGCAGAAUUACUACAGAAGAAUAUAUGUCUUAUUCGUUACAAUAGAUCUUGCAAUGAGGAUAUGCUCGGAUUUCAGGGGUACAUUUUCGCUCCAAGUAUCAGACAGUGUCUUGAUUCAGAGCCAGUGUGUAUCGUAAUGGUUGAAGAUGAAGAUGGAUCGGUAGAAUUUGGCAAUGUUGAUUUCAGAGAUCAUAAAAAGGAUCUCAAAUCUUGUCCGUGGGGUCUCGUGAAUGAAGAGCAUAAAAAUUGUUUUGACUUACGAUUCGGAAAUAAUUUUUGCUUGCUCUUUGAUGGAAGUGUUAGAUAUGGAAUGAAAGAUCAGGUCAAAGAUUUGUAUCGUCGUCUGAGUUUGGAAUUCUAUGGCAACGAAGAUUACCAUGACCGCAUACUGAAUAUCAUUUGUAACUUUGAACUAGAAGGAGAUAAUCUGGAUUUAUUUUGCAAGAACGCAGACGAUUCCAUCAAUGAAGAAACGACCACUGUCGAAAAGGAGAGACUUUUGAAGACUCACACAAAGGAAGUAAAAAAUCGAAUGAAACCUUCCGGCGAUGGAGAACUUUAUGCCAUAUCGUCAGUUUUCAACGUCGACAUUAUCGUUGAUAAAAUGUGUAGAGGUGACUGGGAAACUUUUUUGUCAGUCUCGUGUACAUAUGCAUGCUGCUUCGAAUCACCAAUUCUUCUGCGACAGCAGACACUACGUGAAUAUAUACCGUAUGUCACAGUACCAGGAGCAUGUUCUUGUCGCCAGAAAAAGCCAGAAAUACAAGGUCACAUCGGAAAAAUUAAAGAUGAUAUCCACAAUGCAGUGUUACGAAAUCCAUGCUGCCCUCCAAGUAGGAAACACCAAAACCACACACAUUUAAAGCACAUACCAAACUACAGGACGUUUUGGCCCCAGCGAACUGAUUAUCUUAUCCCAACGGACGACAUACAAAUGGUAGCAGAUCGACUUUAUGCUGAGGAGCGAAGAAUUGAUCAAAUUAACGGUGGACAUGGUACUUUAACCAUGGCCCUUUCAAAAGAAUUGUAUGGGGACGAAUAUUUUUCAAGUGAUCUUCAGGAUGUCUUAGAAAACGAGAAACUGGAUUUCCAUGAAAAGAUGGGAAGAAUAUCAGAUUGGUUGACAGUCCCAAUAUACAUUUACCAUUCAGACCCAACCCAGUUGAACUGUUCUCAGAGGUUUUGGAAAAAAUUUGAACCCGCUCGUUCAAGAAUAUGCCAAUUUGAUGAGGAGAAAGAAUGCAGGUUUUACAUCACUCUUUUCUACAAUGGCCUGAAUGAAUCCUAUGAUCGGAUAACACCCCUCAGAGGUUGUAACUGUGGAAUUCCCUCACCCUUUUCCUUACUUCGAAACCAUCAAAAAAUAGAGUCCCAGCUUCUAUUAUGUGUGAACCCAAGAGAACGCCACCAUUAUCUGCUUCCUUUCUUAUCAGAGGAUCCAGAAGAGGAAAUGUUCAUGACAGAAAUAAGAGAUUUUCCAGUUUGCACACCAUACUCUUCACUGCGCAUAGCGAUGCAAAGAAAUGACAUGAAAGGAAGAACAUUCGACUCCAUUCAGUUUUUCCAACACUCUUUACUCCGAUGCUUAAGCAAAAAUAUUUUUGGAACUGAAAAACAUGUUGAUUUAUUACUAAAAGAAUUAUGCGGAGAAUUGUUGCAAAAUAUUACCACUUACCUACCCGUCAUUGGAGACGAUAUAAAUCGUCCUUACGAAGCUGCAUUUGGAAAGUUACCUCAGGGUAAAAAAGACUACGAACAGCUGGCGAAGUUUGUGAUUGGACGAAUUGAGGAUGAUCUUCCUACCGACGAUGUACUGCUAUGGCUUGCUUGCACGUUUUUUCAGACUAAUAUUUACGUCCUCCGAGUGAAGGACACAAAAACCUCAACAGAGAGUUUCUGGAGUGAGUACUCAAAGCUGAGAACCCGAGAGAGAAAAACACAAAAAAAUGCACGUGUAAGAAGAAAAUGUUCCAAGAAUAAAACGUUCUAUAUUUCCCUUCUGCAGACGGGAAGCAAACAAUUUCACAGAAUCGUUUCAAAAAUGGAUUGUUGUAAUUGCUUUGUAGAUAUUCCCGAUAUUCUUUCGAGUGAAGCUGACUCCACGCCAUAUCGUACACAGCAAGAUUGUAAAUUGAUGCGAAGAAUGAGGAAAGUCGAUACCCUUUUGAAAACAGCUUGUGUAACUGUAGAGCAGUGGCUCUUAUGUAAUCAAAUUCUGCAGAGAAGAUGUGACUUGGUGAUAUGUGAAAUUGAAGGUCGUCGUAAAAAUGUAAAUAUCGCGACAAUAUCUGGUUCUGGGGCGGGGAUUGUCGGUGCAGUACUGACGGGUUUUGGAAUAGCGUUGACACCGGUAACUGGAGGAAUUUCUACCCUACUGGCUGUAGGGGGAGGGGUUCUGGCGGUUUCCGGAGGAACAGUGGCUGCGGGAGCGAAGAUUACUGAAACCUACUUGAACAGUGGUACAAUAGACACAUUAAAACGGUAUCAAAACUGUUACCAGGAGAGAUUUGAGCUCUUACAGAAUGUAAUGGAACAAUUAAAAGGGGAAGUAAACAGGCUGGCGGAGGUGUCGACUGAAAUCAGAACCAAUCAGAAUAUUGAAGCAUCCGACUUUGCGGGGGUACAGAGCUUACCGGGUAUCCUAAGAACCGUGAAAGGUCUAGCAAUGAUCCCCAUAAGCCUUCUAAAGGUAUCAGCCAGAGGGAUAACAAUUCUUGGCGCAGUCAUUGGGCCGCUGACGGCGUUGUUUGAUGCAGGUCUAUUAGCAUUCUCGGCCUAUAAUAUGGCGAAGGGAAACCGAACCGAUUUGACGGAAAAUCUUCGUCGAAUAUCAGUAUCUCUAUAUGGAGCUAGAAGGCAGAUGCAUAACUGGGCGUACGGGAAUGGGAGACCUUUCUAUUACAAAUAGACGUUUU